GACAAUAUUUUAUUUCCUUUUUUAAAAGAUAUCUAAUAUAAAAUAAAACAAUCCUAUUGGUUGGUGAACCUAAAAGUUCAUCCUAGGGGUGGACGUAAGAAUAAGUCUAAUAAAAAAACAUAUAUUUUCUGGAAAAUAAAAUGAAGUUGUUUGGCCAGUAUACAAAAUAAAAGCAUCUUCGGUUACCAUUUAACUGCUAGUGGCGAGAGAGAAGCUUAAACAAUUGCGUAGACUUAUCAUAAAUGAAUAAUAAUUCUAAUAAAUCAUGUUGGCUACUACACCCAUGUGUUGGUUUUACUUGUUUCAAACUUUCAUCUGAAACAGAACUCACAUAACUUACUUAAUAUCUGAAAGUUAAGGUUUGGUUUUAUCGUGGCAAUUUUUAUGAAUGAUAAUUUAUAUCUUAAUGUCUUGUUUUUUCGUCAACAAAUUCAAUGCCUUUUGUUUGUUUGCCAGCAAAAAAUGUCUUUUCAGUUUUACUGUUCAAAAUUAUAAAAUAUAUACGUUUAGUCAAUAAUGUGAUCGAUGAUACAUCAAAACACGAAUCUUAUCAUGUAUUAAUCAAAUUUGCCAAAGUAAUUAUUUCCAUAAUCAGUUCAGUAACACAAUUAUCAAACACAAAGACUUUUAAUACGAACCAUACGAAUUAACCAAAUACAUAUCACUAAUUCGAAAAGACAGAGAGGACAAUUUCGUAGUUAUAUCAAAAACUUAAUGGCAUAGUUGUAUAUCCUUCACUAUAUAAACUUCGUCUCUCCCAAAUGCUCAAACCCUCCCACGAGCCCACCUGACAUUUUCUCUCUAGCUUUCUCGUGAAGAAAUAAAGAUUAUACUUCGAUUUGGACUAAACCGGAGAAAGAACCAAAAUAAUGGCCGGAGGUCUCGUAAAAUGCAGCAAGAUCCGCCACAUUGUCAGUCUCAAGCAAAUGCUCCGGCGAUGGCGCAACAAAGCACGUUUAUCUUCAGUCAGCCGUUGUGUACCGUCCGAUGUUCCAUCUGGACACGUGGCGGUAUGUGUUGGUAGCAGUUGCAGGAGAUUCGUGGUGCGCGCGUCGUACCUGAACCACCCAAUCCUGAGUAAUCUGCUUGUCCAAGCCGAGGAAGAGUUCGGUUUCGCGAACCAGGGACCGUUGGUUAUCCCCUGCGAAGAAUCGGUUUUCGAGGAAGCGAUCCGGUUCAUUUCCCGGUCUGAUUCUUCCCGGUCAAGCCGGUUUACUUGUCCCGACGAUCUUCAGAAAUGCCACGGAGGAAUCAAAAGCAUGUUGAUCGAAUCUAGGCCGUUGCUUCACGCCGCCGUCGUCGAGAAAGUCGUAUGGUGAAGAGUGUUGGUUCGUACGAUUUCUGAUUCAGUUUGACUCGAAAUGAGUUGGUCGCCACGUGAAAGGAAGCAGACGAGUUUUGUAAUAAAAUCGUCAAUGACUCCGCUGAGUUACCACCGGUUCGGGUGGUGCUAAUUUUAAUCGGGAUCAGGGUUUUUUUUUUGUUUACUAAAUAUUUAUUUAUAUGGGCCGAGUUACUCACUGAGUCGAGAUGGACGAGGUUACGGAUUGAGAAGGAGAUGGCGGUUUAAAAGGUGGGGAUGAGUCGUUCCACCGAUGUCAUCCCGGGUUCGAACUCAUAUUCAAGACUGUAAAUGUAAAUAAGACAAAUAAACAUUUGGUUUAUCUGAUUUGAGUAUUUGUCAACUUUCUAUGUCAUUCCGUAAUUUUAUUACAAUCGAAUUUUGUGCUAAUUACUUUAAAAAAUCACUAUACUUCUUGGAGUAAUCGCAACGAGAUAACAUACCAUACAAACUUAAUUUGGUUUGAAUUUUAAUUUUUAAAAAAAUACAAUUUAUCAUCAAUUAAUAUAAUACAUUAAAAAUUCUUAUAACCAUAAUUUUGCACGGUUUUUUAGUUUCAAAUAUAUAAAAAGUUCAACGAGCGAUAAGUAUAUUUUAUGAAUUAAAAAUAGUGUAUCCGACCAAGGCCAUGUGAAGGAAAGACUAUUAGCCCUAUUUCGCCUGACUGUGCUCAACGUCUUCUUCUUUUGUCUUCACUUUCUCCAUCCCAGUAAAAAGUACAGUCUUUUUUUUUUGGUAGGAAGUAAAAAGUACAGUCUAUGGUACACAUAAUCAUUCACUUGAAUUUAAUUAAUGUUAAAAUGAUUUCUUAAGGAACCUCCGAAACUGUGUACUUUAGAUUGUUAAUCUAAUUGUCUCUCUCUAGAAAAUUUCCUCUACCUUCUCUCUAAGAAACUUCCCGAUAAAGAUUGCGAGUUAGGUGAUCGGCGGCGGUUAACGUCGUCGGUCACCACCAACCCUUUUGUUUUUUGUUUCUUAUGUAUAAUAUUCCGGUUUAGCGGAUCUAGUUUUCGCGGUGGCGAAGUUGUAGUAUUUUCGCGGUGGCGAUUUUGUGGUGUCUCAACCUCCGUUGAAGCAAGUCUUCAAGGUUAUCUUUGUUGUUCUUCAAUGGAGGCGUAUGUAUAUACAAUACUCCUCUUUCGCAAUUCAUACUCAGAUUCCAUUUGUCUAAGGUGGCGGCUUCUUAGCUUUCUCGGAUUUGCACUUACUCCUCUUUUAAAGGAAUCAAUCUUUGCUCACUCAAAAGUAGGGCCGAUAAAUCGGCUAGAGCAAAGUAUCCUAAUAGCAAGGAAGAAGUGAUGUUGGAUUGAUCUUGGCUGUUUCAAAUGACGAUUUAGAUGAAUCGGCAUCUUCUUUAACUGAAGGUGGUCCGAUAAAAAUCGUUUAUUGAAAUGACUGAGAAUUCUCAGUUUUAAUAUCCGAUGGUGAUGGAAGUUUCCCUGAAGAUGAUGGUUUAGGCGAAAGAGUAAAGGCAGGGGGAAUUCAUAAGCGUGCCCAGCAAUGAAGCUUGAGCAUAUCGUGUUUUUGCCGGCGGAGUUGCAUCCUGGAUCUUUUCUUUCCAUGCGGUGGCGCGUUAGGGAGCGUGUCUGCUUCAACCGCUUGAAGUCUCAUGCAAAAGAAGAAAAAGACACGUGUCUAGACUUAUCUCUUUGGAAGCUGCGUGGAAUAGUAACAAGAUCGAAGAAGACUCAUAGUUAUUAGGUUAAAUAUGGGCCUAAUAAUUUGGGCUUAUACUUUAUUCGAGUCUGUUGUUAUAUAUAAAUGGGUCGUUUGUAAUUCUCAUGUACUCUGCCCAUCUGGGUCUCUCUAAUGAAAGAGAAUGUUGACAAAAAAAAAAAAAGAUUGUUAAUCUAAUUAACAUUAUCUGGAAAAAAAAUUACAACUCCUAAACUAAUGCUAGAAGCUAGAAGGUAACUUAAAUUAUUACCUCGUCUCUCCCAUAGUAUAUUUAUAAAACAGGUCUUAUGUCUAUGUUUAUGUGAAGAGAAGAGUUAUGUUUAACUUGAUAAUAAAAAUCUAAUUUAUCAUUUUAUUCAGUACUGUUACCACUGUAGAGUGCAGCAUCUUCUCUUAAGUAAAGAAAUAUUUGCGUGUUGAUAAAAAAAAAAAAAUAUUUGCGUAGUUUUUUAUAGACAUCAGUACCUUAUAUUUUUUCUUUUUUUUCUUUAACUGAUCAGUACCUUAUAUUUACUUUUUUUUUUGGUAAGAAGUACCUUAUAUUUACUUGAUGAGAAAUAGUUACAACUAUAAAUCGAAUAGUUGCGGCGGCAUGAGUAAUUUGAUAGAUGUGGAACAAGCAUAUGGAAAUCACUAAGGUCAGUACGAAGUAAAUGUGGUGGUCAAACAGAUAAUUGGUGAGUGGAAAGUGUAAUAAUUUUACGGGAUUUGAUCAAUUUUUUUUUCUUUUUGUAGAAAAUUUGAUUUGAUCAAUUUUUACUACUUCAUUUAAAUAAAUUCUAAGAAGUCUAAAGUCUGUUUAAUUAUUCAUAUUCACUUAUGCAGUGCGUUUUUCAGUAACAAAAGAAAAAAACUCAUUUGGAUUCAAAGUCAUUUCAUAUACGUUUCAACUGAGUAUUUGAUUUUUCAUUCUUUUGGCAAAGAAUCGGUAGAUUAGAUAUGGAAAUAUCAGCUACCUGUUUUCAGUUACACCUAAGAUUGUAAAGAUUUGAAAAGGAAAUGCACUUAGUGAGAAAAUGUGUUAUAAUACUUUCUAAAAGUUAUGAUAAUGUUAUAUAUGUAUAUAUGAAAAUGACCCUGUCUCCAUCCUAAACCCCACAAAUAUAUGAUAUCUGGCAUAUGCUCUAACAUUUUUUUGUACUUUCAAAUUACCUCCCCCGAAAAAAGAUAAAGAGAAUACUUUACAGAACUAUAAAUUUAUCAAUAUAUACAUAAAUAUCUACAGGCCCCUCUGUAUAUGUGGAAACAUUGUACCGCCACUUGGAGUGACAUGAAUAUAUAAGGGUGAAAAUAAUUUAGAAUUAUAGAGUUUUAUGAGAUACGUUAUUAGUGGAUUCGUGUAAAUAGUUUCAUGAGAAAAUUAUUAGACAGAAACUUAAUUAAUUGUAUUUUUUGGUUGACAGAAAGGACGAGAAAAUUCUUUGAAAGAACAACGAAGAGAAACCAAUUGGGAGCCUAUCAAUCCAAUCACAUAACUUAUACACUAUGAGUAUAACUUAUUUUUUGGAAAAACUAAAGAAUUGGGUGUUUAGGGAAAAAUUAGAUGCUUUUUGAGCGAGUGCCCAUUCAAGCUCCUUUGCGUUCAUUCCAUACAGUUAUCUUGUUUUUGUUUUUCUUCUUCUAAUGAUUUAAUAUAUAUAAUGUGAUACUGAAUAUUAUAAAAAAGAUACUUGCAACUUUUUAAAUUCCAACUAGAGCAACAUGCAGAGAAGUUCAUGUUCAUGCAUUUUAGAGUUUGAUUUGAAAUUUUGAAAGUGAAAGAAACCAUUAGAAAUUAUGAUUAAGGCUUAUUCCGGUGGGUACGUAUGAGGGUGUAGAUAAAACUGAAACCAGCGGCCCUUUUGUCUCUUAUCUUACGCGAUUAGAGUCUUAUUCUUUUACAAAGCGUAUCUUGGUUUAGUUGUAAUAAUUUUUAUAUGAUUCGCAAAUCGUCUUCCAUCUAGCUGAACUUAAUAGAGUUGGAUCGAUGGAUUAUGGAUUCAAUAUAUUAUUUCUCAUCGAGUUAAGCCAAAAUAUGACAGAGAGACUGAGAUGAAACUAGAAAUGUUAAUUAGAACAUCAGUAAGAAUUUCUGAGUACUAGAAUAAAUAAAAGGUAUGUUUGUUUUUCAACCUUAUAUAAAGAAGGUUCUUAUAGAAUGGUACACAUAUAAAAUCGUAUUGAUUUGUUACAGGCUGAUCAGAAGCGGGACCGAGGAGUUUCAUUUGGGAAUUUAAAUAACUAUAAGACAAUCACAAGAUAUAUAUUUAUAUUGGGUUGAUCUUAUGUGGCUUAUAUUUCCAUAGGGGAAUUAUUUCGAGUAACUCUUACACAACUCUCACUUUUUCUAAGUUUAUCAAACGAGUAUAACAUUUACACAUACCAAACUCUAUGACCAUUAUAGACCUUAUACCCCAUGUAUAUCAUUAGCAUAUAUAUAUAAAGGUUUGAUGUACCAAAAAGGAUUGAAAACGAACAAGUGAAGAAAACCACCCCAAACCCUGAAAAGUCACAAUACAGAAAUAGGUUUGCUUCACUGAGUGCAUGUCUUUGUAGUUCUACCAACUUUUUAUUUAAAAGGUCAGAAACUUUUUGAGGGAAAACCAAAGACUGAGGAAGGUAAGAUAUGUCACUUUGGUUGGCAACUGAGGAAAUGGUUGUCAAUUACAUUAGUUUUUGGAUUUCUUGCAGGUCUUGUCGAUUGAAAGCCCAUUGUUUAGGUUUUUAAAGAACGAAUCUAGACCUAAAUUGUAUGUGACCAGUAGGGGUGAGCAAUAUUGGAAAUGACUUAUUACUUUAGCUGUCAUUCAUGAAAAUGACAUGGAAAUAAAAACAUAAUCAAAAUUGAGUGUUCAGCCGUGCUUCCCUUAACCAAAAAAAAAAAACAUUGGCUCAGAGCAGCUCUACAAAAAAAAAAAUACUAUUUUAGAAUUUCUUAAACUCUAUAUUUGAAGUUUAAAAAUGUUCUUCUCGAAAAUCAAAGUUUUAAACUCAAGUUCAUAACUAUUUGUAUUUUAUAAUAUAGUCCUUAUAUUUGUCAUAACUAAUUUAAAUUCAUAACACUUUUGUAAAUAACUAGCACAUAUAUAAAUAUAUUACAACAAUAUUAAUUAAUAAAAUAUUCUAUUAAAAUAUAAAAAAUUAAAUAAAAAUGACUUAAUUAAUAUUAAAAUUCAAACAAAAUAUCAUAUUAUUAAAUAAAAUGAUUUUCGUAAUGCAUAUAUAAUCUAUUAGUGCAUUUCGAAGUAAAAAUGGCUCUCCUACUUUUUACUUUGUAGAUUACGAGCUAAAAGUUGUUGAAAUUAGGUGAUAUUGAUACUUGUAAAUACAUUAGAUCAGAACAAGAAAGUAAAAGAGAAACAUAAAAUAUUGCUAAAAGACUAAUUUCUUUUCGAUGAUAUUAAUAUUUGUGAAUAUAUUCGAUAUGAACAAGAAAUAAUUGUACGAAAAGGACAUCAAAAUUACAACAACAACAACCAUCUUCAGUUACACAAAAAAAAUUGGAAAAUAUUUGAAAAUUUUAAAGGUUCCGGAUCAAACUUACCUGACUAUUAGUGUUGUUGUAAUAUUUAAAUUUGUGUAAUAGUUAUGUCUUCAUGUAAUUUUUUAAAUUCUUUUUAUUAAGUUUUUUGUAUAUUAUUAAUGUCUAAAUCUAAUUUAAAAUAUUUAAAUCUAAUUUAUAAAUAUUUUGGAGAUGCUCUUAGGACAUCACUUUUUCAAAAACACUUAAUAACAUAUACUGAACCAUUACUAAUUUGAAGUAAUAAUAUUUGUUUAUAUGGGCUUAAGUAUAAAUUUUAUAAAUAUUUAUACACAAAAUAUGGACCACAGCAAAGAAAGACAUUGAUUAAUCCAUUAGUUCACUAAUUAAAGUUAUAGUUUAGUGACAAAUCUAAAAAGAUUAAUUUUACAAAAAUUCUAGGUAACAAAACAAUUUAGCCGACUUACGUCUUCCUUUCACGAACCUGUUUUGAAGGUUCAAAUCAUAUUAAUAAAGUAGUUUCAUCUCACUUUCUCUUACAGACCACUCUAAUUAAGGUAAAACUAUCCCUUAUAUUUUCUUAUUUCCAACUAUUUAUUUAUCUACCUUCAGUAAUUUUCAUUUAUUUUUCCAAACUGUGGAUAACAAUCACAAUUUCAUACGUUGAAAAGAUGUCACCGAACAAAGACAUCAACGGAGUGAUAGAAAGAUAUCAUCGGUUACAUCUUUUGAGAGGAUAUAUUUCAGAGCUAAAGCUGAUAAAAUUUUAUUUCGUUCAACUAUGUUACAAGAAAUAUUAGGGAUUUAACUAUUUUAUCUAUCGAAAGAAAACUUUUAAGAAAAAUUGAUUUUGAAAGUCCAGUCAGUGAAUUCAUAGAGAAGAAAAUUAGACAAAAUAUGUUUUAGAACUAUUAUUUAGUGUGUUGGUAUUUUAGAAGUGACUAAUUUUAAGACAUUUUUUCUUUAUAAAUGAGGGCAUUUUUUUGUCGCUUACAUAUGCUAUUAGUAGUCGCAUGGCUCUCAGCUGGUUUGGUUUCUGUUGAUGUGUAUAGUGUUUUUUAUCCUUUUUUUUUGUCAUUUGAUGGAUUAAUAUUAACUUGAACAAGGUAGUUCACAAAGCCAACAAAAGUGUUGGAACCUUUCCGGAACCAUAAGCCAGCAUGGUGAUAUGCACCAUCCGGAGACAAAGUUUGAUACAUCCACUAAAACAUACGCUAAACUAAAAGAAGAAGAGAAGUUGAUAAGGAGCAUAGGGAGAUAAGCGAAGAAUUUCAAAAAUGGAAAAGCUAAACGGCCGAAAGCAUAUAUGAAAGAAAAAGCGAUGCAAGCUUAAUUAUCUGAGUUGGAAGAUGAUCUCCUAUAACGUUUUCACCAGUGCAGCACGUUCAACCACCACACAUAAAAUUUCUUCCUCUACAAGAAGCCACAUAGAACCAAUCUUCAACCCGAGCAGCUAAAGAAGACGCGGUUGGUAAUUAACUACUCAAAGAUUGCAUGCAAUUGAGCUAUGGCUCCACAAUUCCUUACCAAGUAAUCCGGAAAACCUGUUGGUUUCAAAUCAAGGAACUACAUUACAUCUCAGCCCCGGAGUUUCACCGACUGAAGAGAACAAAACCAAGACCAGAGGACUAACAACGAGGGUAUACCAAGGAUAACCACCAUUAAGAGCUAGAAACCUCAAAGGAGACAGAGCAAAACCAACUUCCAUGGCAGAGAAACUCUACCGUAAAAAGCAGAAAAUGAUAACUCCCAACAAAACCAUCAGACCAAACACACUCCACAAAUCUCUCAAAACAAAACACCAAACCCCUAAAUCUAAAUUCGCUACACUCGCUCAAGUUGUCUCCAUGAAGAAACCUCAGACUGAAGCUCCACAAGAACGACCCACAAGCGCCGACCUUGACACAGAACCGAACUUAUAUCGAGAGGUUUUGAACUUAGAUCUAGGCUAAGACAGAACAAAGCUUAAAACCUAUGUGAAACAGAGAGUUUUCAAUACACACUGGAAGAGUCAAGAAACCAGGAGAGACACAACAGACCACCAUAGAAAUACUUUAGCUUUGCCUCACCUGAACCGAUGGAAGAAGUACCACCCCACAUCAUAGCCGGUAUAACCUGCACUGCACAGCAGAAAAAGCUUCGGAUGUAGUCAAUCAGCCUAAGCAAUCGACAGGAAGAGAUCGACAUCGAGUCCCUUAUCUCCAACUCCCCUGUUUCUUGGAAGCCUCUUCUCAGCCUACAAACGACACUAUACUAGACUAAGGACCUUCUCACAGCACGGACGAAGGUCGCCGGAUACCGGAGAAGGUAAGACCAAUGAACACUCUUUUUCUCUUGCGGUAGCUCUAGGGUUUUCUCUCAAAGGUUUUUUUUUUCUGUGACCAAGUUUUAGUGGUUUUUUAUCUUUUGAAUUGUAGUUUUAAAGACAUGGAUCAAACAAGAAAUAUCUCAAACCACAUGGAUUUUUCUUUUUCCUUAAACCACAUGAAAAUUAGUUCUAUUCAGUUCGAUUUAACUGGACCUGCCCUCCCGUAACAUUAUGGUUGUGUGAAUGAAAAACCUUACAGGUAAUAAUUAUUUGGUUAUUAAGACUAACAUAUUAUUUUUUCUCUGUAAGCUUUUCCUUGGGUUUGUCUAUUUUAAGCCUAGUCCACUUUACCUUAUAUCUUGCUUUGAAAGCCUACAAUAGAUAACAAAAUAUCUCUUGCAGCAAAAGAAAGGAUAAUCUACAUUCUCUCGAGUUUCAACAAAAGAAAGGAUAAUUUACAUUCUCUUGAGUUUCUAUUACUUGUUAUAUAUACCAACUUUUGUAAGGCCUUUUUAAUGCCCAAAUAACAAUGGCUAUUGUAUAGCAUUUAGUAAAUACGUUAAGUCAAUUGGUGAGCUAUAAUUCUAACCUAUAAAUAAGGAGGUAAGUUUAGGUGAAAUUCAUCGCUCUCUUAUAAUUCCUUUCCUACUUCUUCUUUGUUGCCCGAUUGGCCGCCAGGGCUGGUCUAUGGCAUAAGCGGGUGAAGCUAUGGCUUAGGGCAGAAAAUUUUACAAGAGCAUAUGUUUUUGUUGUUAAUGGGACAUAUUUUAGUUUUUUUUUUUUUUUUGCUUUUUACAAAUAAUUAAGAUUUGUAAGGUUUUCUUAGCUAAAACAAUAUUUGUGGGAAUAAUUAAUCAGAAUAAACAUUUGUCGGAUCCUUUAGCAAUAUUUAUAAACUUGUAUUAACAAAUAUAUUUGUUAAUUUCUAUUUUAGACAACUAAAACCCUAAUUAAAAGUUAGCUACUAAAUGUUUUUCGUGUUGUCUCUUUAUUUUCUGCCAUUUUCCCAAUUUAUUUUCUAUUGCUUCAAUUCUUAGAUCAUAAUCUUCGUAUUGACGAGAGAUACGUGACUAAUUUAUUAAUUUCUAAAUUUUUAUAAAAACUAAAAAAUUAUGAUGAGAGCAGUAUCACGUGUUGACAUUAUUACGAGUCGUUACGAGUUUGCUCUUCUUUUGUGUUCACCAAUCUUAAUGAUAGUUAGUUGAGACUGUUAUUUUUGAAAAACUUGACUACAUAAGUUUAAGUAGUGAUUUGAAGGAAAAGAAGCAAAAAGAUCGAUAUUUCGUUAAUAAGUAUUUUCUAUUCGAUUAUUUUUGUUUCCUUACAAACCUUUUGUGAAACUUGAUUGUUUAAUGGAAGUUUAUUUAUUUCUAUUACUGAUGUUAUAUGAUUUUGGAUUAUAUAUAAACUAGGUGAUUUUUCUAUGCUCAUGCAAAGAUAUAAAUAUAUACAAAAUAAUUAAUAAUUACUUAAUUUUUUAAUUAAUAUAUAUAUAUAUAUAUAUCAUUAUAAAAAUUAUUAGUUAUUUUCUUUUAUUUAGAAAUUUUAUCUUAUUUGAAAAAAAAAAAAAAUAUAUAUAUAUAUAUAUAUAUCAUAUGUAAAUAGUGUUUAAAUAAUAUAUUUAUUUUAGUUAUAUAUGCAAUCUAGGUUUAAAAAUUUCAUUGAUUUACUUAUUUAUUUUUGGGGUUUACUAAGUCGAAUUUUUACUACAACUAUUUGAAUUUUAAAUAGCUAAAAUCAUAUUAAAUGUUAUUAAAAUUUCAUUUUUUAUUUUAGAUUUGUAAAUAUAUCUUUGUAAUUUUUUUCAUUUAUUAUGUAUCCUUUUGAUAAAAUAUUAAAAAUAAAUUAAAACUGUAUUAUUUUAGAAAAUAUAAUUUUUGAAUCUAUUGACAAACAUAAUUUAUUAAUUCUUAUUAGUUAUUUAGUUUAAAGUUAGUUGUAACAUUAAGAAGAUAUUAAAUUAUCAAUAUAUAAAGCAGAUGGUUGAUUUAUAUUAUUAAAAAUAUUUUGUUUACACUUUUAAUCUUUUGAUCUAAACAUAUAUAUAGAAAAUAUUUUUGGUUGUUUUAUUUUAUUUUAUUAUUUAUUAUAUUAUUUAAGGUAAAAUAUUUUAAAAAUUAUCUUCUUUAAAAAAUAUAUUCAUUAUUAGUUAUUAAAUAAAAUAUCGAAAUUAUAUAUAUAUAUAUAUAUAUAUAUACAAUUUUCAUAUUUUAGUAGUUUAAGAAAAUAUUAUGAUAAAAAAAAGGAAAUUAAAAGCAAAAAAUUAUGAAACAAAAAGGAAAAUAAAAUAAAAAAAAUUAUAAUAAUGGUAUUAUACAUAAUAUUUUCAAUUCAUUAAGAAUACUUUUGUAAUUGACUACUCUAAAAUUAACAUGAAAACUAUACAUAAGAAACUGAUUUCUCAAAUAAUAUUAUAGAGAUAUAAAUACAUAUUUUUUUGAAAUGGCUUAGGGCACGAUAAUAUAUUAGACCGGCACUGGAAAGAGCCAAACAGAUUCUAAAGUUCACGUUGUUAGAAGAUUUGAAAACAAAAUAUAAACUUAACAAUUUUUAUUUAUUAACGGGACACUUAACGUUGACAUCGGGAAGGUUAUUUGGCGUUGUCAAUGGUUUAUUUGGAAAGAAAAGAGCUUGGUGUUUUUUUAGCCAAUGUUUGAUACUUGAGGGUUUAAUCGACCUUAUUCCCCUUGAUUAAGCAAGCAUAUCUUUGCACACAGAAAUAAACUCUACUAAUUACCGACCAAACACAAAAUUAUUUAUGUCCAUUAUUGCAACCACCCGGCGCAAUAAAUAUCUCAAUCACUUUAGUUUAGUUUUUAAUUAUAUUCGUUAAUUGAAAACGAAAUAGUCCAUGUAGACACUAAGAACAUCUCCCAAAAGAAACUUUAUUUUAAAGUUUCCAAAACUUUAUAUUUGAAGUUUAAAAGUGUUCUUCUCUAAAAGCAAAACUUCAAACUCAACUUUAAAACUAUUUGUAUUUUAUAAUAUGGUCCUUAUAUUGUAAACAACUAGCAGAUAUAUAAACAUAUUACAACAAUAUUAAUUAAUAAAAUAUUCUAUUAAAAUAUAAAAAUUUAAAUAAAAAUAACUUAAUUAAUAUUGAACUUCAAACAAAAUACCAUAUUAUUCUAUAAAAUAAUUUUCGUAAUGCAUAUUUGAUCUAUUAGUGCAUAUCGAAGUAAAAAUGGCUCUCUUCAUUUUUACUUUGUAGAUUACGAGCUAAAUAUUGUUGAAAUCAGGUGAUAUUGAUACUUGUAAAUACAUUAGAUCGAAACAAGAAAGUAAAAUAGAAAC